AUGGUGAGUGAUUUCUUAGAGGUGUUUCCAGAUGAUAUUAGUGAUUUGCCGCCAGAUCACAAAGUUGAGUUUACUAUCGACUCAAUACUUGGUACUAGUCUAGUGUUGAUGGCUCCUUAUAGGAUGUCUACUUCAGAGUUGAGUGAAUUAAAGAAUCAAAUGGAAGAUCGACUUGAAAAGAAGUUUGUUCAUCCGAGUGUUUCUCCAUGGGGUGUGCCAGUGUUGUUAGUGAAGAAUAAUGAUGAUGACAUCCUUGUAUAUUCGAAGAAUGAUGAAGAGCAUGUUGAACAUCUAAGAAUUGUAUUGCAGACAUUUAAAGAGAACGAGUUAUACACAAAGUUGUCCAAGUGUGACUUCUGGUUAAGAGAAGUGGGUUUCCUUAGUUAUGUGAUUUCUAGUGGUGGUAUAGUUAUGGAUCCAUCAAAGAUAGAUUUUAUGAUGGGCCAAUGUGGUGUGUUGAUGCAGAAUGGUCAGCUUGUGGCUUACGCUUCUAGACAAUUGAGGGUUAAUGAAAGGAAUUAUCUUAUGCAUGAUCUGGAGUUGGCAACAAUGGUAUUUGUUUUAAAGAUUUGGAGACAUUAUCUGUUUGGCUCCAGAUUCGAGAUGUUCAGUGACCACAAGAAUUUGAAGUACCUAUUCGGUGAGAAGGAGUUGAAUAUAAGGCAGAGGAGAUGGCUCGAAUUUCUUAAGGAUUAUGAUUUUGGAUUGAGUUACCAUCUGGGUAAUGUCAAUGUUGUAGUUGAUGCAUUGAGUAAGAAUUCAUUUCAUAUAUCGAUGUUGAUGGUUUGA